AUCUAUAACAAUGUUACUCUGUCAUUGUCUAUAGUUAUUUUAUUUUUCUGAUUCAUCGAAUUUUUAAAGCUGAGUUUUUAUUGAUAAAUAAAUAUAAAAUAAUAGUGUUUUUCGAGCAAUGUAUGUGUAUUAAGGAAAUGUAGUGCCUUUGUGUAUUAUUUAGUUGUGUUGGUAAUUACAUGUCCGCGGGACGUAUUUUGUUGUCGAGGAUGAUCUCAUUGACGUACUGACAAGUACGAUCUUUUAGCGAGAUCUUGAUCGUUUUGUUAUUUUAUGAUUGAGUCCAAUGACCUUCUGGCUUAUAAAUAAUAUCAACUAGUGAAAUAAGUGAAAAUGAAGAAGCAGUUAUAUAGAGUGAAGCAAUUUGCCGACCAAACAUUUUCAAGGGCUGGCAAAGGCGAGACAUUGACAGAUGAGUUGCAAACAGCCGAUCGGAAGGUGGAACACCUCCGAAAUGCUUUGCAGCUCAUCAGCAAGAGAAUAUCAACAGGAGCUGGCAAUACUCAGGGCCAGGAUCCUGCAGCAAGAGAGAAGAGGCUGAAAAAGCUACCAGAAUACCUCUUAGGGCUGUCUAUGUGUGAAGCCAGUAACUUUGAUGAUGAUGACAGUAUUCUUAAAUAUAUUCUGUAUGAAUGUGGUAAAACAGAAAAAUUCUUAGCUAAUGAAAUAGCCGAACAUGAGUUGAAAAUUGAGCAACUUGUGUGUACACCGUUAACAAUCAUAAGUGAUCAAGACCUGCCCACAAUAAUGAAAGCAAAAAAACAUCUUAGCAGGCUCAUAAACGAAAAGGAGUCAGCUGCCAGCAGAUAUAAUCACUUAGAACGUCAGAAAGAAGAGAACCCGACGAAACUCGCCGCUGCAAAGGACGAGCUCGAGGAAGCCGGGACGAAGGUUGAGGCGGCACGGGACGCCCUCGCGGCGGAUAUGUUCGCGCUUGUCGCCAAGGAGGCACAGCUGGCACAUACCCUGCUACAGUACGUUAAACUACAGCGCGCGUACCACGAGUCCGCACUGCACUCGCUGCAAGACACCGUGCCCGAACUAGAGAGGUUUAUAAACGACAGCUCCGUGAAGCCAGUGUUCGGGUAUCCCCUGGAGGAGCACCUGCGCGUGACGGGCCGUACCAUCGCCUUCCCCAUAGAGUUGUGCGUGUGCACGCUACACGAGCUGGCGCUCAGCGAGGAGGGACUCUUUAGAAUUGCGGGAGGUACAUCGAAGGUGCGGCGGAUGAAGCUGUCGUUGGACGCGGGGCUGUUCAACGUGCCGCUGACGCGCGACUACCGCGACAUGCACGUGGUGGCGUCGGUGCUGAAGUGCUACCUGCGGGAGCUGCCCGAGCCGCUGCUCACCUACCGCCUCUACGAACACUUCAUGAACGCCUCGCGACAGCCCUCCGAACAGGCGCGCCUCAACGCCCUCUGGGAGUGCAUCCACCUACUACCAGACGCCAACUUCCAGAACCUCAGAUACAUCAUCAAAUUUUUGUCCGCUUUGACCCAAAACCAAAGUACGAACAAAAUGACACCGUCCAACCUGGCCAUCGUCAUAGCGCCCAACUUGUUGUGGGCGGCCGACGAGAGCACCUUCGACAUGAACAUCACAACCGCCGUCAACUGCGUCGUUGAGCUGCUCAUCAAACACGCCGACUGGUUCUUCAAGGACGAUAUCAACUUUUUCAUUUCGUUUACCAAAGAAGAUUUGCUGCCCGACCAGUGCGACUACGGAUUUUCCCCCAGUUUUGGCCAGGGGUGCAAUCAGACGGUCGCCCUCAACCAGGACCAAUCUAACGGCGACUACAAUAGCAUGAGCAAAUCCAUGUUCGAUUACAACCAUCAGAUCAAGGUCGCAGAUUCAGCUGGCCGCCACUCGAGGAGCAACAGCCACGACACUAGUAUGAUUUUGUUAGAAAACGAUAUAAAGAAAGCCCAGUCAAACAGCUCGCUGUCAGAUCAAUCUAGUCCACCUCACGGCAGCCCGAAGCCAAUAACGAGGAGAAAAAAUAAACCGCUCGCCCCAGUGCCGCCUAAUUUUACUCCGGAUAAAAACAAAAAGCUGGACCCGGCGCCGCAGCCGGUGCCACAACCAGUGCCGCAGCCGACGGUCGAACCGCCCAAAGAGCAGCAACCGCUUGUGAAGACUGACGGCGAAAAGCCUGCAAAACCCCCACGACCAGUCAUAUCAGACACCGGGAAAGUGAUCACGGGCGUGCAGACCAUUAACAGAUCCACGUACCGACAGAACAAGGCGCUGAAGGAGGAGGCGGCGCUACGCGGCAGCCGCGAGCUCCUCACCGACACGCGGCGCCAGAGCCUCGAGCUCGACAAGGACAAGUACGCGGCCGACACACGCGCAGACAACACGCUCGUCGUGCGUAACGUCACCGCGCACACUGGCGUCGUGGGCCGCAUGAAGGUGCUCGGCGACGUGGUCAGCGGCCCCGCCUCGCUCGGCUCCGACCGCGCCCCCGCCGCCCGCACCCUGGCGCCCGCCCCCGCGCCCGCCCUGGCACCCGCCCCCGCCGCGCCGGUGGCCAAGCCGGGCGGACAGCCGCCGCCGCGCCCCGUGGCCGCGCCGCGGACCAUCGUGCCCGCGCCCGAGGACGCGUCCGACGUGACGCUGCGCAACAAGCCGGCCGUGCCGGAGCGGCCCGCCACGCUGCGCCCGCAGAGUUUCCGCGGCCCGCGCGGCUCCGGCUCCGACGCGGAGAUGACGCCCACCGUGCUCGAGCGCACGCACAUCUACACCGUCGACAAGCAUCAGCCCACCGUCAUCCAGGUGGGCGGCGGCGGCGUGCCCGAGCCCGAGGAGGGCUCGCGCGCCACCGUGCAGCGCACGCACAGCUCCGGCGGCAAGGACGCCGAGCUUGACGAGCAGAAGGGGCUGACGGUGGCGUCGCGCCAGCUGUCGCAGUCGGAGGGCAGCAUCACGGAGGCGCCGUCGCCGCGGCCGCAGCCGGGCCGGCCGCCGCGCCCGCUGGUGCCGGCACCACCGCCACCCGUGGCCGCGCCUGCACAGGGACAAGCUGUGCCACAACAGCAAGCGCCAGCACAGCAGCAGCCGGUAGUGGCGGCUGCCGCUUCGCCGCCGAUGUCGCCGCCGGCCGCCGCUCCUCCGCCACAGCACGAGAGUACGGACCUCUGAUCGCCGGUGGCGCUGAGGUUCCCUCGCGGUGAAGUGCUGAUGUGAGCGGGACCCUGGGGUCUCGCCGGUCCGGUCGCGGGACUGCGCUCUUGUGACUCGCUGAGACUGAUGUUCGUCACAUUCUAUUGAACUCUCGGCUAUGUAGGAAAAGAUAAAUUUAUAUUUUUCUUUGCAUGAAACGAGUAUUACGUAUUUAUUUUUGUACAACUGUUCUAGUAUUACGAUCGGAUAUCUGGCUGUGGAUAUCUCGCAUUACCAAAAUAAUGAGCGUGCUUUCGUCAUAGAGGUGUACCAGAUAGUGCACGUUGUAUUUGAUUCCAAAAGACAUAUCGAUUACGCGCCAAUAAUUAAGCUUUUUUACGCAUUUGAGUAUGAAACAUCGUAAAUUAGUAUGUACGGUAAGUAGAUAGAGGUUGCAAUUGAUCUUUGUGAUAUUAGAGAGGUACGAGUACGAGUAACGAGUAUUCGGCGGCGCGCGGCCGCCCGCACAAACGUCACGCGAUAUGACUGGCCAUAUUUUUAUGAUAUUUAUGAUCCGAUACUAUACAUUAUAAAAUUAGCAAUGCUAUUACAAUCAACAUUAUUUUAGCCGUAAGUAUGUUAUAUAGUAAUUACGAUGUUUUAUGUGAUACGCAUUUUAUUAUGCUAUACUGCAAGUAUACAGCUUCUGUUGUAAGGAAUUAUAAUAUGCUAAAACUAUG